CACAGAAAGAGUGUCAACAUGGUGCGUUCUAGUGGCUUACUCACUAGCGUAAAGGAUCCAGUGGCACUGAAGAGCAUUGCUGUGACUCUGUCCAUCAAUGACUUUGUGGCUGGUGUGUCUGCAACCUUAAAUUAUGAGAAUGAGGAGAAAAUGCCCUUGGAAGCUUUCUUUGUGUUCCCCAUGGAUGAAGACUCUGCUGUCUACAGUUUUGAGGCCUUGGUGGAUGGGAAGAAAAUUGUGGCGGAAUUACAGGACAAGUACCAGGCCCACAAAAGGUAUGAAGAGGCCCUUGCUGGGGGAUAUCAGGCAUACUUAUUAGAAGAAGACAAGUGCUCCAGGGAUGUCUUCCGUUGCAAUGUGGGGAACCUGCAGCCAGGGUCAAAAGUGGCACUCACCCUGAAAUACGUGCAAGAACUUCCUCUGGAAGAUGACGGAGCCCUGCGUUAUGUGCUCCCAGCAAUCCUGAAUCCUAGAUAUCAUCUUUCUGAUCAAUCUAUGGACAGUUGCCUGGAUCUGAAGACCCCAAUAGUUCCUUUGGAGGACCUGCCCUACACACUCAGCAUGGUUGCCACCAUCAGCUCCCAACUUGGUAUCAGUACAAUCCAAUCUAACUGUGCCCUGAGUCCCAUUGACUACACUGAAGAGAACAGGACCUCUGCUCAGGUUUCCUUGGCUGAAGGACACAAGUUUGAUCGGGAUGUAGAACUCCUCAUUUUCUACAGGAAGGUGCACAGCCCCAGUGUAGCUGUGGAAAUGGGGAUGCCCGAAAGGGAAUCAGAUAGUUUAAUGGGAGCACCUUCUGCAAUGGUGAGUUUCUAUCCAGAUAUACCACAUGCAGAGACCUCAAAAAAAUGUGGAGAAUUUGUGUUCCUUAUGGACCGUUCAAGAAGUAUGAAGAGCCCCAUGAGUGGCCAGAACAGAUCUCAGCUGAGAAUAGAUGCUGCCAAGGAAACACUGAUUCUGCUACUGAAGAGUUUGCCUAUGGGCUGCUAUUUCAACAUUUAUGGAUUUGGAUCUACCCAUGAGGCAUUUUUCCCGAUUAGUGUUAAGUACACUCAGGAAACCAUGGAGAAAGCAGUGGAGAAAGUAAAGCAUAUGCAGGCCGAUCUAGGAGGGACAGAAAUUUUAACACCACUCCGCAGAGUCUUUAGGAGACCCCCCAUUCCAGGGCAUCCCUUACAGAUCUUUGUUUUCACAGAUGGAGAAGUUGCAGAAACUUUUAAUGUCAUCAGGGAAGUUAAGUUCCACAGCAAAAGGCACAGAUGUUUCACAUUUGGCAUUGGAGAAGGGGCUUCGACCAGCUUAAUAAAGAGCCUUGCCCGGGUGUCAGGGGGCACUGCAGAGUUUAUCACAGGCAACGACAGGAUGCAGUCCAAGGCUCUUAGGUCCCUAAGACGCUCUUUGCAGUAUGUAGUAGAGGAUAUCUCUCUGAGCUGGAAUUUGCCUCCUAAUCUGUUUGCACACAUGCUAUCCCCAGAGCAAACUGUUAUCUUUAGGGGCCAAAGGUUAAUCAUCUAUUCUCUACUGAUUGGACAGAUUCCGCAAGACGAGGCUACAGGUGAAGUGCGUCUCCAAUACACACUUCGUGGUAAAAGUUACGAGGAAAAGGUUACAUUUGCUCUACAACCCAAGCCUGAUGACAACCUCACUAUUCAUCGUCUUGCAGCAAAGUCCAUGAUCCAGGCCAAAGACUUUGGCUUCAGGGAGACAACACUGAUAUUUAAAAGAGAUGUGCUGGACAUCAGCCUAGAGUCUGGAGUCAUGAGCUCCUUCACAGCCUUUGUUGCCAUCAACAAGGAGCUCAACGAACCAGUUCAGGGCCCCCUGAUUCAAAGGGAGAUUCCAAGGCCAAUUCUCUUGGGUGGCUCUUCUACAAGGCCAAGUUCUUUUGAUGCUUUACCCAAAGUUUUACCUUGCUCCAGUGCCCCAGUGUCUCAGGCUCCAAGGAAUAUGCACACGAGUUACUGUGCAAUCAUGGCACGCAUGCCAGAGGGCAUACCCCAGGAGCGAUACUACAACCAGAGGGCGAAAUGCGUGAUUCACACAGAUUCUCCCCCUGUGCUUCCCAACAUACUCAAAUUGCACACUCAUGAAAAAGGGAGUAUGGAGCAUAGUGUUGCACAGCUGAUCCUUCUCCAAAAUGCAAAUGGUUCCUGGGACAUGAAUGAGGAUUUAGCCAAGGUUCUAGGUACUAGUUUGGAAGAUAUGAAGUCUGCACACCCUACUGAGGUACUGGAACCCUCAGCUUGGGCUACAAUGCUGGCUGUGAUCUGGCUGCAUGCUAAUGGCAAAGAGUUGAAGUGUGAAUGGGAACUUCUGGAAAGAAAGGCUGUGGUGUGGCUUCAUAACAAUGCAGUCCAUGGCUUCACCAUGCUUAUGCGUACUGCCAAUCAAUUCUUGAAGACAUCUGUGAGUGCCUCCAUCUUCACCAUAAAAGAAUAAUGCUCAGAAGAAGGAAGUCUUUUCUUUUUCUUAUUUUUUCAUGUCUUUUGCCAAGUCC